AUGGCCAACCAAAACUACCCAUGAGGUUCAUUGUUCAUUUUAGCUUAUCUGAAAAGCUGUUAGAUUUUUUUUAAUACACAUCAUGCUUUUUAAAUUUCUUCAAGACAAAGGUAAAAUACGCAACAUGGACAACAUCUGAAGUAGAACUCCGCAGCUCCUUUAGACUCUUGGAGCGUUUUUGUCGUCCCACGGGGUUAGUUUACACAUGGCUGGUGGGACUGCCUGGCAUCUUCAGAUGGUGUGAACAAAUUAUUACAAUUUCGGCUUUGUGGGGCUUGUAUCUUCGUUAUGUUGAAGUCUAAAACCUUCGUGAAGAAGACCCGGUCGGGCGGAGUGCUGAAGGUCGUGCGUGAGCAUUACCUGAGAGAUGAUAUUUGGUGUGGAAGCGAAACCUGCGCUGAAUGCAAACAGGACUCCACGGUGCUGCAGAGAGACGCGUGCAUGGAGAGCAGUCUGUGUCCCUAUCCUCACUACCUGGUUCCUGACACCAACGUGGUGCUGCACCAGAUCGACGUGUUAGAAGACCCCGUGAUUCGCAACGUCAUAAUCCUGCAGACCGUGCUCCAGGAGGUUCGCCAUCGCAGCGCAACAGUUUAUAAACGCCUGAAGGACAUCGCGCACGAACCAGGAAGACACUUCUACACGUUCACCAACGAGCACCACAGGGAGACAUUCAUCGAACGCGAACCAGGGGAGAGCGCCAAUGACCGUAAUGACCGGGCGAUCCGCGUGGCCGUCAAGUGGUACAGCCAGCACCUGAAAACACCCGGGUCGGACCCAGACGGUCUCAAAGUGGUCCUCCUCACCAACGAUCAAGGCAACAAGCAGAAGGCUGAGGAGAACGGCCUGCUGGUGUAUAAAUUUGAGGAAUACAUCAAGAGUCUAAUAGCGAACCCUGAGCUGGUGGACCGCCUGGCUUUGUCCAACGAUGAUAAGCAAGAAAUCACCAGCAGCAAAGUAUUGUUUCCGGAGCAUCUUCCCUUGUCCAAGAUCCAGGCUGGAAUCAAGAGUGGCUCGUUUCUCCAGGGCACCUUCAGGACCAGCAGGUACAACUACCUGGAGGCCACGGUUUUUGUCCAAGGAAAGGGAGAAGACAGCACAGAGGUUCUUAUCCAGGGCCUUCAGAACCUCAACAGAGCAGUGCACCACGACGUGGUUGCUGUGGAGCUGUUGCCAGAUAAUCAGUGGGUGGCGCCCUCUGCAGUCGUGCUGGAGGACGACGGCGCGGCGAAGGACGACGCCGUCGACGGGGACGAGGAGGAAAAAGUGCUGGAGCCAUCGGCAACGCAGGCGGCCAGGCAGGCAACGGGAAAGGUGGUGGGAAUCAUCAAACGGAGCUGGAGGCCGUUCUGUGGCAUGCUGAAUGUCUCCGAGAUCAAAGAGUCCACCCGCCAUCUUUUCACCCCGGCAGACCGCCGCAUCCCUCGCAUCCGCAUCGAGACGCGACAAGCCUCCACUCUUGCAGGUCAAAGGAUCAUGGUGGCCAUUGAUGGCUGGCCCAAGCACUCCAGAUAUCCAAAUGGUCAUUUUGUGAGGAGUCUAGGAGUCGCUGGGGAGAAGGACACCGAGCAGGAGGUCCUGCUUCUGGAGCACGAUGUUCCACAUCAGGACUUCUCUCAGGCCGUGCUCAGCUUCCUUCCCAAAAUGCCGUGGGUCAUCACACCAGAGGACCUGGCAAAGAGGCAGGACCUGAGGCACCUGACAGUGUGUAGUGUGGAUCCUCCAGGAUGCACAGAUAUAGACGAUGCUCUGCACUGCAGAGAGCUGGAGAAUGGAAACCUGGAGGUUGGAGUUCACAUCGCCGACGUCAGUCACUUCAUCAGACCUGGCAACGCUCUGGACAAAGAGGCUGCUAACCGUGGCACCACUGUGUAUUUAUGUGGCAAAAGGAUAGACAUGGUUCCUGAGCUGCUCAGCUCCAACCUUUGUUCUCUAAGGUCCAACGUGGAGAGGUUUGCUUUUUCGUGUAUUUGGGAAAUGAAUCAGAAAGCAGAAAUUUUGAAGACGCGAUUCACGAAAAGUGUCAUCAACUCCAAGGCGUCUCUCACUUACGCCGAGGCCCAGAUGAGGAUAGAUGACACCAACAAGAACGACGACAUCACGCAAAGCUUGAGGGGCCUCAACAAACUUGCCAAGAUCCUCAAGAGGAAGAGGAUAGCAAACGGGGCACUGACCCUGUCUUCUGUAGAGGUUCGGUUCCACAUGGACAGUGAAACCCACGAUCCAAUUGAUCUGCAGACUAAAGAACUCAUGGAGACGAACUCCAUGGUAGAGGAGUUUAUGUUGCUCGCCAAUAUUUCCGUUGCUCAGAAGAUUUACGAUGAAUUUCCAGAGUGCGCUCUGCUGAGGAAACAUCCGGCCCCGCCUCCUUCUAAUUACGACAUCCUGAUCAAGGCUGCAAAAUCCAAGGACGUGACCAUCCACACGGAUUCAGCCAAGGCGCUGGCCGAUUCCCUGGACGGGGCCAAAGUGGACGGCUUCCAGUACUUUAACACGCUCCUGCGCAUAUUAGCCACCCGCUGCAUGAUGCAGGCCGUCUAUUUCUGUUCCGGCAUGGACAGCGACUUCCACCAUUACGGUCUCGCCUCUCCCAUCUACACGCACUUCACCUCUCCUAUUAGGAGGUACGCUGACAUCAUAGUGCACCGGCUGCUGGCCGUGGCCAUAGGAGCAGACAGCACCUACGCCGAUUUGAUGGACAAACACAAACAGUCGGCCCUCUGCAACAACCUCAACUACAGGCACAAAAUGUCUCAGUACGCACAGAGGGCGUCUGUGGCCUUCCACACACAGUUGUUCUUCAAAGCCCGGGGAAUACUCAACGAGGAGGGAUUCGUUCUGUUCGUGAGGAAGAACGCCAUCAUCGUCCUGAUCCCCAAGUUCGGUCUGGAGGGCACCGUCUUCUUUACCUCCAAAAACAAAGUUUCUCCUAACCUCGUUUUCGACGAAGAGGGUCCCACUCUGAGGGUGGAGCAGCACACGUUCCACAUCUUUGACCGGGUGAAGGUCACCAUCAGCCUGGACGACUCCAACAUUCAGCACCAGAAGAUCCGCAUGGCUCUGAUAAAACCCGUGAUUCCUGGUGUUAGUGUUCCUGCACCUGAGGCAGAGCCACCAGCCAAGAAACAAAAACUGGAUCGCUGAAAAGAGCGCAGCGAUUCACCCAGAAGAAUCCUGGCUUUACUUUUGUACUUAUUGAAAGUUGUUUAGAGAGAUUAUAUCGGUUGUCAUUGUAAGUUUGAUACAGUAAAGGGACACUGGUCCAUUUUUACUUUUGCCCUUGAAGCCGUUCUUUUUAUGAUUUUCAAUACUUGCGGUUUCAAAUAAAGCUGCCCGUGACAAGGGCAGCCGUUUACAUAAAAAAGGAAUGCAUUGGUAUUUCCAAAGUAGUAUUGCUACAGUGUUUUUAAUCUUGAUUUUUGCUGAACACGUCAAACAUUUUGUUCUGCAAACAAACAGAAAAACUCAAGAUCUUAAGGCAAAGAUGAAGAACGCAAGGUAUUUUAAUGUGAAAUACCCUCCCGUGACGGGCUUCAAAAUAAAAGACUUUCGACUCCUAA